UACCCUCCCAUCUCGGUGGCCAGAACGGUUCUCGGGUAGUGGCAGGACGGUGGCGUAGAAGGAUCAUGAUUGCUGCCUUGGCGGUUGCUCGACGGGGGCUUUUAGGGGGCGAUUCCGGCUGUGGCAUUGCCCUAGUUCGGAGUGUACAGACCAGUCUCCAGCGACUCCAGGAGUUAGCAGAGAAUUCCGCCAGCCAAGCAGCUGAAGCACCAGAGGACCAAAACAAGAGAGACUUCAGCUUUUUCCCCCCUGUGCCAGGAAAAGGGAGCACUCUCCGGUGGGCUGGGAAGAAAUACGAAGAGAUCCCGAUUGCUCAUAUCAAAGCUACUUAUAACAACACUCACAUCCAGGUUGUCUCACAUCAGAAUAUCUCUUUGACCAUAGUAACCUGUGGCACAGAAGGAUUCAAGAAUGCCAAGAAGGGCACUGCCGUUGCGGCACAGACUGCCGGAAUCUCAGCAGCAGCGAAAGCCUGUGCAAAGGGGGUGUCUCACGUGCGAGUGGUGGUGAAAGGCCUGGGCCCUGGACGACAGGCAGCCAUUAAUGGGCUUACCAUGGGCGGCCUGGAGGUGAUCUCCAUCACAGACAACACUCCGAUCCCACACAACGGCUGUCGGCCACGGAAAGUACGAAGGUUGUGAGGCAGUGGGGUAUGGGACAGUUUGUUCGGCAUUCACUUUGCACAGUCAUCCAGAGAAAGGAGAGGGCUUUGAUUUGGGGGGCGCUGUUAAUAGAAGUCAGAAGAAUUUUCAGUGGUGUCAUCGAACAAGAUCUAUAAAAUCUGUAUGUUAAA